UAAACUGGCACUCACUAAAAACCCUAAGAAACGACCUACGGCUGACAAACUGCUGCAACACUCGUUCUUCCAGCAAGAAAUGAGCAAGCGUCUAGCGAUUGAAUUGCUGCAGAAAUACUCCAACCCACCCAGUCAUUGCAGCAGCCAGGAGCUGGACGAAGACGGGGCAAUAUCGAAUGUACCACAACGUAUAGCGUCAAAGCACACCGGCCGAGGUCGUAGAGUGUUAGGGGAGCCCGAUAUACCGGGGGCUCCGCCCUCCAGACCUAGAAGUCUGGCAGAUAGGGCUCCAACGAGAGCAUUAAAACCUGUCACUCGUGUGUCAAGACCUACGUCAUUGCUGGAUGAGAUACCAAACCCAAGGUUGCUGGGUGAAGUGCCUCCGGAAAGAAGAGUGUAUGAUGACUCUCCGGUGGUCGAUUUAGAUGAAGAUGAUGAAAUGGGACUGAGGUCAAUGCCGCAGGUGAUCAACUUCAGUGCUGAUGUUAGUAGAAGUUGUGAUGGUGAUACGGUUAAAAGAAAUGCUGAAUUCCAUAGACAGACGAGCGACGACUGGAGCGUAGCCUCUCUUAUGAGUUGUCCUAAACAUAACCCACUGUCCCAGGAGUUACAGGAUCUAUCUACGGAUACGAUCAAGUGGUGUCGGGCAAUCACUGGUGAUGAUAUUAUGCAAAUGAGUUUAAGGAGCCUCUUGCAAUACAUUGACGAAGAGUUAAUGCUCAGGGCAACACUACCACUUACAGCGGAAACAGCGAACAUGGCGCAGGGCAACUCCGCAUUAUCUAUACACGACCAACAUCUAUCCCAAUGCAUACAAUUAAAACAAAACUACCUAAAUAGUUCAACUACAAAUAUCUACCAAAGUCUUGCUUCCAACUUUCAAAGUCCAAUUGCAGCUUCUCGCAUAUCUAUAGACGAUCCAUUAUGUAGGAAAACUGGUGAAACAGAAAUAAUGUUCGCCGAUCAACCAGAAAAUGAUCUAACAAUAGAUUCCCCACAAAUUAGAAACGCUAAUUGCGAAUGUGGACAAUGUCCUAAACCGGAACCACGAGAUAAUAACACCUUAAGCGAUCUACAGAGAUCGGUCGCAUCAAAAUGUUCCUGCGACGCGUGCAAUUCUAACGGAGAUAUAUUAAGUUACUAUAGAAACUGUUCCAAUCAAAAUCAUGAAUCGGGUAUCGUUUAUUGUGACAGUUGUAAAAAGCAAAAGAUAUCGGUAUCCAAUUUUAGAGCGUUACAGAUAGCUAAUCGACUGAGAAUAUCCGAUACGGAUAAAUUAGAGAACGGUACAACCUCUGACGAGGAUUUGUGCAGGAAAAUUGACAUCAGUAUGAACAUGGAUGAGAAGAAUUACGAACACAGAAAGAGACAUAAUAGACACAAUUCGGAUACAGUGACAGCUGGAAUUGAUUUGAGUCAAUUCUGUCAGUGUGAGUUGGAAAAAAGAAAGACUUCGUCGGUAGAUGAGAUAUUCAAGAUGGUGGAAGAAGUGAGAGAUGGGAAAGAGUUGACGGAUGAGGAAAUGAAGAUCAGUCAACGGCAAAGAAGUUUAUCUGACAGUCAGAGAGAUAAAGCUAAAGUUGACGGUGAAGCUGGCGUGUCUGUGCCGCCAGUGCCGCCGCGGCGCGCACGGUCGCGACGCACGCGUACGCCGCCGCGCCCCGCCCCCAACGGUCUGCCUCCCACCCCCAAAGUCCAUAUGGGGGCUUGCUUUUCUAAGGUGUUCAACGGUUGUCCACUCAGAAUAAAUUGUACUGCGUCCUGGAUACAUCCAGACACGAGGGAUCAGCAUAUACUAAUAGGCGCUGAAGAAGGCAUCUACACGUUGAACCUGAAUGAACUUCACGAGACGGCGAUGGACCAGCUCUGUCCGCGGAGGACUAUCUGGAUGCAUGUCAUCAAAGAUGUCCUCAUGUCGCUCUCUGGCUGCAUGCGGUGCGCGGUGGCACGCAAUCCAUACAACGGGUACAAGUACCUGUGCGGCGCGACGCCCGCAGGACUCUUUCUUAUGCAGUGGUAUGACCCGCUCAGGAAGUUCAUGCUGCUUAAGAAUAUAGAAUGUGUACUACCCACACCACUGUCGGCAUUCGAGUUGAUAAUAACCCCAGAGUUAGAGUACCCGUUGUUGUGUGUUGGAGCCACAAGAAAACCGCUCAGACUUAACCUUAUCAAUAUUAAUUCUGGUGCGACCUGGUUCCAUUCUGAGGAGGUGGAAUCAUGCGCGGGCGCUUCCAACACUGUGAUCCCGCGGCCGGAGCGUCUACACACGCUGAAGGCUGUCCACCAACUGAACAAGGACGCUGUGUUGGUCUGUCACGAGAACGUAGUGGAUAUAAUCCCGGCGCUGCCCGCCGCGCUCGCGGAGCGCCGCAGGAACAAGCUAGUCUCCAGGAUACAGUUCGACUUCCAUAUAGAAACUAUACUGUGCUUGGCGGACUCUGUGCUGGCGUUCCACCGGCACGGCGUGCAGGGCCGCUCGCUGCGCAACGCUGACGUCACGCAGGAGAUCACCGACCUCUCGCGCGCAUACCGCCUGCUGGGACACGACAAGGUGGUGGUUUUAGAAUCCCAUACAUUACACAAUACAUUAUCCAGUGAGGAUGGCAACGACCUCUAUAUACUGGCGGGACAUGAAGCUUCGUACUGAUGUAUGAGAUCAUACAUAACCAUACAAAACUAACAAAUGUAUGGUUCUGGAGGUAAUCUUUUAUUUUGUGAUAAGAAUUUAUGAAUUUCGAAUUUGACAAAAUUAAAUUCAAUAUUUUACAAAAAUAAA